ACGGGGUGUGUUGACGGGGUGUGUGUUCAUGUGUUCAUGGUGUCUUGUUCUCAGUGUGAAUAUAAUUGAUAUUGUCCUUGUAUCUUAUCUUAUUCCCAUUUUCUCUCUCUGUACAAUUGCCUUGUUUGACCUACAGUCUCCUUGUGUGUCCCUUAACCUCAACAUGUCAUGAUUAUCUGCAGUGUGACACAUUAAUUAUUCAUUUGACUGUUUAUUAAAAAUCAGCUUUAUGAUCACCGGAUUUCAUCAUGGGGCACAAGUGGGUUUCUAUGUUAUUACCCACAGUGCCCCUCUCUGGUAUUGCUGCUCUGAGCAUGUGUGUUUGGUGGAGUAACACAGGGCUGUGGAAUGCUCUGCCUGUGACGAACAUGUCGGAACAGCCCUGCCUGCCUGGCUCAGACAACACACUGAACCUACCGGCCUGGGAACCUGCAGGGCCAGGCAUAACAUACCAUACUCUGGCUAUGUGAGCUGUUAACUCCUUGAAGAACCAGGCAUAGCUCCAUGGAACUCUACAUUCAGUGAAACUCACCUGAUCCCCCACAGCACCAAACCAAGCCUCCCUCGGCCAAACUUAGCCCUGCCCUCUUCAUGAGUAGCCAGGAGGAGGUGCAUGAGAUUGCCAUGGCAAUGGAGAUGGCAUCAUCACCCCCACCACAACCACCCCCACCACGACCACCACCACCUGCCAUGAUUGGCUACGGCGGCCUGGAGUCACCUCCCCCUGACCUGUGCCAGACUUGCGGCCAGAGACACCUGAUAGAGGAGAACCAUGAGUACCUGUACCAAGACAAGGUGGACGAUGACCUGAUGUGUCAUAUCUGUCUGCAGCCACUCAUCAGGCCGCUGGACACGCCCUGCGGACACACCUACUGCCAGGAGUGUCUGACCAGCUUCCUGCUGGAGAGUGACUUCUGCCCCGUGGACCGCACCCAUCUCAUGCUGCAGAACUGCCGCAAGUCCAGCCUGCUGGUGCACAAGCUACUGGACAAGCUGGCCGUGGCCUGCCCCUUCUCUGACCACUGCACCGAUACACUGCCCCGAGGAGAGUUGGGGGCUCACAUCAAGAAUAGGUGUAAAGGUGCGUCUCACUAUGGCCUGUCUGCAGACAGGAAGCGGCGUUCCCAGGAGGGUGACUGCACUGACAGCACGUCAGAACUCACCGUUGCCACCCUGCCCGGCGAUGGCCCCACCUCUGCUGCUGUUGCCCUCCUAUCAGACGAUCCCGGCCUCGUCAACCCCGCCUUUGACCCCAGUAUGGAGGACAACAGCCAAUCAGGCAGCACCACCAGCCUGGCAGCCCGCAGCAGUACCAAAAAGAGUGAUUGUGAGUUCCGAAACUAUGACCGCACCUCGGUCAGGAGCCGCUCCUUCAGGCGGUUGAACCGCGCAUUCAGUGUCCUGCGGAGGACCAAGAGCGGCACAUCCGUGUCGAAUGAGACCGCAGAGGAACGAGACAAUGCCAGGAACGCCAGUGUGCCGCAGGAAGUGCUGGCUCUACCCCAGCUCCAUCACCUGAUCCCUGAUGGUGAGGUCACCAGUAUUAAGAUCAACCGUGAGCCCUCGGAGCCCCUGGCCAUAAGCAUCGUGGGGGGCAACGAGACCCCCCUGGUGCGUAUCCUCAUCCAGGACAUCUACAGGGAGGGGGUAAUCGCCCGGGACGGACGCCUGCUGCCCGGAGACAUGAUCCUCAAGGUGAAUGGCAUAGACAUCAGCAAUGUGCCCCACUGCUACGCCCUGGCCACACUCAAACAGCCUUGCCAGCUGCUGCGACUCACAGUGCUGAGAGAGCAGCGCCACCGUUACCGCUCACACUCGGGGCACCACGGGCACCCCCACGACGCAGCCGGGGGCUACCCGCCUCAUGGCCUCCCCCAUGGCCAACCCUUGAGGGACGACAGCAUCCACGUGGUCCUGGCUAAGAGCACCCCAGAGGAGCAGCUGGGCAUCAAGCUGGUGAGACGACCAGAGGAACAUGGAGUCUUUAUCUUCCACCUGCUGGAGGGCGGCCUGGCGGCACACGAUGGGCAGCUCAGCGUCAACGACCGCAUCCUCGCCAUCAACGGACACGACCUGCACUACGGAGCGCCAGAACACGCCGCUUUACUCAUCCAGGCGAGUGAGGAGCAGGUCCACUUCAUAGUGUCUCGUCAGAUCUGUUUACCCACGCCUGACAUUCUGCAGGAGGCUCCAUGGGGCAUGGACGGCCCCCCUCCAUACUCCCCAGUGGACAUGGAGCAUACGCUACUGGACUCAUGUGAGAAGCCGGCAUGUUAUGAGAAGACGGUGACGCUGGCCAAGGAGUCCCAUGACUCCCUGGGGAUGACAGUGGCAGGGGGCAUGUCCUCCCGCGGCUGGGACCUCCCUGUCUACGUCACUAACGUGGACCCCAACGGAGUGGUGGGACAGGAGGGAUCCAUCCGCAAAGGUGACAUCCUGCUGAACGUUAACGGGCUGGACCUGACGGGGGUGACGCGGGGCGAGGCUGUGGCCAACCUGAAGAACACCACCUCCCCCGUGGUGCUCAAGGUCUUGGAGAUGAGGCCUCCGGAGGAGAGCCAGCCAGAGUUCCCCUCGCCACCCUGCCUCUCGCCCACCGACAGCACCAAGCAGAACCUUGCAAAGCUGCCACACACCGAUGACUACUCCCCACUGUGGGUGUCAUGGUUGCAGUUGCCCAGGCACCUGUACUGCUGCAAAGACAUUGUGCUGCGCCGGAGCACCUCAGGCAGCCUGGGCUUCAGCAUCGUGGGGGGGCAGGAGGAGGUCAACUGCAAUCAGUCCUUCUUCAUCCGUUCCAUCGUGGAGGGCACACCAGCCUACAACGACGGCAGGAUACGAUGUGGGGACAUUCUGCUGGAGGUGAAUGGCAAGAGUACGUGGGGGAUGACCCACACAGCCCUGGUGCGUCUGCUGAAGGAGCUGCGGGGCAGAAUCACCCUGACCAUCGUGUCCUGGCCCGGAAGCCUGCUGUAGCCCCGCUGCAGCCACAGGGAGGGGCCAACACUGACCCAGGAAUGUGGGCAGAGCUUUAAACUGGAUUACAACACUGAGCCCACCGUAUGGGAUGGGCUUUCACUAGUGAUGUAGCUAUGGAAGGUGGACCUUAAGAACCCUGACUCCUGAUGGGAUGGACAGCUGAGACUUUGCCAGGAAUUCAGAGGAGGCCAACCAUCCAUGUGACUGGAAUUUGACCAAACUCCCCAGAGACACUGAGCUGGGCGGAGCUGGAUCUGUGGCCCUACCCCUGGGAUGUUCGGAGGAAUCUGAUUGGAGGAGAGGCUUGUUCGAUGACAACGCAUCCAAUGAGGGGGGUGGGUGGUUGGGAGGGGACACAAGUUGCCAAUUCCAUUGGUUCUAUGUUAGAGUAUGCAUUUCAUUGGACUCACAUUUCUUUAUUGUAAAUGUUGGCUAUCUAAAAAAAAUACUGAUUCAAGCAAUUGUACUAUGUUUCUAUUUCUUUCAAUGAUUGUUUGAUGGCCUUUCAAUAUAGGCUGUGGUCAUCAUCUUCAUCUGUUGGACUGAAGACACAUUGCCAAGUAGCCGUUUGUGUUGAGUUGUUUUCAGAAGCUGUUGCUAAAUUAUCAAAACACUGGCAAAAGUAUAGUAAAAAAAAAACAAGUAAAAUUGUGUUCAUAAUCUGUUAAAAGUAAUAUUAAGGUGACAUCGUGGAGGCCUUACUGAUUUUCCUACUUUUGAAAAGAAAAAAAACCUGACUUGGUUUCUGUGUGUUUCCGUGGAUGUGUCUGGUCUAGGGCCAUUUAACGCAGUUCUAUCACAUGCUUCGGCCUGCGUAGUAUAUCUGAUGGUACCUUUUGGUGACAUAAUCAAUAAAGUCAUUGGAAAAGGA